AUGGCCAAGAUCUUGACGAUGCGCAGCAAGGGUCUAGUUACGUUUAGGACCCGGAAACCACUCACAACCCGGUGGAUCUGGGUGCAGUGGGCCAGCUGGUUGCUGUUCAUGGUAACUGUUAUAGAGAUCUACGCGCAUCUGGCAGAUCGUCCGGACAUAUCUCUUCUACAAUGGUUUGCUCCUAUAGACCAUCCCUCUGUUCUUCGGCCGGGACAAUAUCAAGAGACUGUGGCAGCUCAAUUUGUUUCUGACAACCCUGGUGAACUUCAUGAUGGAGAAGACCUGGAUCAGAUGACCAGGCUUCAUGACGUGAGGAAUGAACAGUUCUACUUGGGUGGAACCCUAACUCUCACUAGUUCACGCUCCACAGAGCCCGAUGAAGCCCCACACCCCCUCCCAUCAAUUUACGACCCUUACCCAGCCUACAAUAGCAGAAGCUGGGGCCGGAAAUACCACGGUACUUUCCGACCAUGUUUAGGUCCUCGUGGACGCGACCUUGAUCGCACUCGUUCCGAUGAUAUGAUAAUGGUAUACAAGGGUAAACAAACUGGGUUUCCAGAAGCGGGCUUUGGCUCAUAUGAAGCAAUGGGUCUAGACGGGAACGUCUGCACAGAUCGAUACUCUCGUUUCGGUGCGUAUGGCUACGACGAUGACAACGACGCCGAGAUUCCAGGGUUCAUUCGGCCGGAGCCUGUGAAUUGGUUUGAAGUGGAUUGGUACAAGCUACAAGCCUCAUGUUAUGAAAAGAAUGCAGAUCGGUAUCAGCCUUCUACAGCACUUAACGAGUCACGAGAACGACCUCUUUCGUUUGAGUUGAGAGAGCCUCCUAGGAAGGGUUUUGAAUCGGAGAACCAGUCAGACCGUUCGAAGAAGAAGCAGUAUCACCCGCGCUCCGCUGUUCUCAUCCGCUCGUGGAAUAAUAUGAUUUGGACGACGAAUCACCGUCAAUACCUUCGAGCAUUGAUCAUGGAGCUUUCCCUACAUUCUGGUGCAGAGUAUGAAGUCUUUCUUUUGGUUCAUGUUAGAGAUAAUGAUCUUCCAAUUUUCUCGGAUCGAAAGACGAUAGAGAGGCUCCGGAACUUAAUUCCAGAAGAGUUUCGCAACAUGGCAUUGUUUUUUAACAAUAAAUUGCUGGAAGCGUGGUACCCCAAAAUUGAAGAGCACAGCCCAAUGCUACAACAUCUCCAGCCACUACAGAUAUUUUCACAAUUAUACCCCAACUUCGAAUACUACUGGCAACUAGAAAUGGACGGCCGCCACACAGGCCAUGUCUAUCAUUUUCUCGAUAAAUCUAUCGAAUUCGCAGCUCAACAACCACGCAAAUACCUCUGGGAGCGAAACUCCUACUUCUACGCACCAGGCGCACAUGGCCCAUGGAAGAAUUUCACAGGCAUUAUUGACGAAGCUCUCUCAGAAAAAUCUGAAUCCACAAUCUGGGGCCCCAUGUACGGUACUGGAAUUCGACCUCUAGGCCCUGAACCACCUGUUAAACAGCCCAAUGCCGACUCCUAUUCCUGGGGUGUCGGCGAAGAAGCAGACUUUAUAACCUACCUUCCUAUAUUUAAUCCCAAGGGCACCCAAUGGACCUUCCCUGAUAAGAUUUGGAACUUCAGGUAUGGCCUAGACACACCACGCCGCGCAGCUGUCAUUACGAUGGGACGAUACUCCCGACGACUCCUUGAUUUGGUCCAUCAUGCACAAGCUACUCGUGGUCUAGGUCUUGCUUCAGAGAUGACGGGUGCAUCGUGGGCCCUAUAUCAUGGUCUCAAGGCCGUCCAGGUUCCACAUCCAAUAUACGCAGAUGGCUUGUGGACUCCACGGGAGCUUGCACAGACCUAUAAUGCGGGACCGCCGGAGGAUAACAAUGCGGGACCUAAUAGUAUCUGGAAUUGGGAUCAUCUACAUGAUCACAUUAUGUAUCGACUCUCAUAUAUGUUCACGACUCAUACCGCGGAGGACUUGUACCGGCGAUGGCUUGGUUACAGAACAGCAGAGAACGAAGGGGGGAAGAAAUCAACCGAGGUUCGCUAUGGUCGACAUUGCUUUCCGUCGAUGUUCCUACACACCGUUAAAAACAGCGAAAGAGGCUUUGGACCAGACCGGGCUGUACCAUGA